CCCAUGGAAUUUCAUAACCUGAGCUCUCCCUCUCCCCUUCCUUCCCUCUCUCCCUCCUCAUUCCCUCCCUCCUCCUCGCCGGCUGCCUUCACCACUGCCUUGGGGUCACCUGGAGGCCCCGGCUCCUCCCUGAUGGUGUCUGCCUUCCCAGCACCAGUCCUGAGCGUGGAAUUUGUCCUGGGCCUGGUGGGGAACAGCCUGGCCUUCUUCCUCUGCUGCUUCCACGCGCGACCCUGGACAUCCAACACUGUGUUCCUGGUCAGCCUGGUGGUGGCCGACUUUCUCCUGAUCCUCAACCGGCCUCUUCGCGUGGACUACUACUUCCUCCACGAGACCUGGCGCUUCGGGGCCACCGCCUGCAAAGUCAACCUCUUCAUGAUCGCCACCAACCGCUCAGCGAGCACGGUCUCCCUCGCGGCCGUCUCACUCGACCGCUACCUGAAGGUGGUGCGGCCUCAGCACGUGCUGAGCAGGGCCUCCGUGUGGGCAGCCGCCCGGGGGGCCGGGUGACUCUGGGGGGGCAUCCUGCUCCUCAACGGGCACCUGUUCCCGACCACCGAUUCCAGCCACUCCUGCCUCAGUUACCAGCUGGGCACGAGCCCCUCGGCCUCACUCCCCUGGCACCAGGCCCUGUUCGUGCUGGAAUUCUUCCUGCCGCUGGCGCUCAUCCUCUUUGCCAUCAUGAACGUCAUGCUCACCACCUGGCGAGGCCCGGACGUGCAGGCGGGCCCACGGAGGGCCGUGCGCGUGCUGGCCGCGGUCGUGGCCAUCUACGCAGCCUGCAUCUUGUGCAGUAUCAUCUUCGGCAAAGCUUCCAUCGUGGCCUUCCGCCUGCACGCCUGCUGCACCCUGGACAUCUGCUCGCAGCUCUUCCAUGGCUCCCUGGCCUUCACCUACCUCAACAGUGCCCUGGACCCCAUGCUCUACUGCUUUUCCAACCCCAACUUCCUCUGCCAGGGCCGGGCCCUGCUGGGCCUCACCCAGGGCUGGCAGGCCUCCGCCAGCAACAAGAGCACCUACCAGCCCUCUGCCUGGCGCCGUGUGCCCUCUGGGAAGGUGGUGGCCGCAGAGAGGCUGUAGGCAGAGGUGUCGCUGGAGAUCUCGGAGGAGGGCUGACCAGGAAGGCCCUCUCAGGACGGGGGCCCUGCUGCGGUACCACAGGAGGGAAGACUGCCAGGCUCUGGGCUGGAGGGACAGGGUCACUCCCUGGACUGUUGCCAGCACAGGGUCCCUCAACCAACCGGACAAGGGACAUCUGCAGGAGCCAGGUGGGUGGCAGGGAGAGAAAAGCGUCUUGGCUUGGAGUCGUGUGUCCCAGAUGAUGUCCCCAAAGCACAGAGCAUGAUGGCAGGUGGAGACAGGCAGGGGCUGCGGGACCCCA